AUGGGUAGCCUGGAGAAUCAUACUGUCACUCAAGCUGAGGGAAUGACUCUCCUAUGGGGCCUGAAGUUUGCCACUGCUAUAGGUAUCAGACAACUAGAAAUUGAAGGUGAUUCUAAAGUAAUUGUGGAAGUUUUCAGUGGUAGAUCUGUAGCGGGUUGGAAAGUGGAAUCUAUUUUGAGGGAUGCAAGAAUGUUUCUGGCUAACCUUGACUGUUUCACUAUCCACCACAUUUUCAAAGAAGGGAAUGUGGCUGCUAACUCUUUGGUUGUUGUUGGAAGGUUGCAAGAUGGCUUACGAUGUUGGAGGAACAUUGGUUUGCUACCAAUGACCACCAAGGAGAUCUUGGAGAAAGAAAAAACUAAGUCUUAA